CGCGCCGACGACGGGCGACGAGGAUGGGAGCGGAGCCCCCGGGCAGCCCGCAGCCUCAGGGACCGCGCUGACGCCGGCCGCAGCCACCGCGCGAGCGACAUGUGUGUGCGCCUCGGUGGCCUGAAUGUGGACGACUUCCGGAAGGUGCUGCUGAAGGCGGGCUUGGUGAUGGUGGUGCUGGGCCACUUGAGCUUCGUUGCAGCUGCUAUCCUCCACGGCACUGUGCUGCGCUACGUGACCACACCCCAUGACGCGGUGGCUCUGCAGUACUGUGUGGUCAAUAUCGUGUCGGUCACUUCUGCCAUUGUGGUCAUCUCCUCUGGCAUCGCAGUCAUCGUGUUGUCACGCUACCUCCCCAGCAUGGUUCUGCGCUGGACCGUGUUUAGCUCUAGCAUAGCCUGUGUUCUUCUCACGCUGACCUGUGCCCUUGGCCUCUUGGCCUCCAUCGCAGUGACCUUUGCCACCCAGGGCCGGGCACUGCUAACUGUCUGCACUUUCGGGAGUCCUGAACUACUGGUGCUCACACCUGACUGCCCCUUCGACCCCACACGCAUUUACAGCUCCAGCCUGUGCCUGUGGGGCAUCUCCUUAGUGCUCUGUGUGGCAGAGAGCGUGUUUGCUGUGCGCUGCAUCCAGCUCACCCACCAGGUGCUGGAACUGAGGCCCUGGUGGGGGAAAAGUGGCCACCAUGUGGUGCAGAGCCCAGAACCCGUGGAGGGCCACAACCUGAUGAGCUGCACCAGCUCUGUGCCGCUCACCCUCUGAGAGCCAAUGCCUCAUUCAGCCCCAUGGCCACCGGACCUGCAACCAAGCCUGCACUGUUGUCAAAUGGCUGUCAAGUUCCAGAUGGCCCCAGGAUCCCUGGAGCCAGCCCAAGAGGGCUCAGUUGACCCUUGGGGAUCCAGGAGGGAUGUUUCAGCCCCUGGCCCCAGCCACCUAGCCCACUGCACUGAAACGAAACUUUAUUUGGAAGUUAUUAAAAAGAACA